AUGGGUGCCCCGAUUACCCCACUGCGGUCGAUCAUUUGCGAAAUCGACAUGAAGUGGAUCCUAGUGUUGGCGCUCGCGUCGUUGGUGGGGGCUCAGCGCCCAGUCCCCCGCGCUACUCCAGUUGCUGGCCCCGCGCGCUCGAAUGCAACCAACAUUCCCAUGGAGGCAGCAAUAUUGCAAGCCCAAUUGAGUCGCCCCCGAAGCACCCCCCAACUCCGAGGGCGUCCUACACCAACCCGCGUCCGGUCGGCCUCUGCCCACAACGCAACUACCGCCCCCUCACCCAACCCAAUUGCUACCCCUCUCCCCCCCACCACAAGUACCGCCUCGCCAUCCAUGACUGCUGCUUCCCCCCCGGUCCAAGAAGCCGCCCCAGUCGUCCAAGCGCCGUCCACGACCGCCACCGAAAGCAGCACCGACCCCCCCGAGAUCCAAGUAGCGGACGAAGCAGGGGAUUUCCCAUGGAAGAUUUUGGCCCAACAGCUCGAAGCCACCAUGUUGACUUAA